GCUCCCUGCUCCAGCGAACGCAGGCGAUGGUCACGGAGGAGGGACGCCGGCUCACGCCAAGCAGGCUCAUGCGCUCCCGCGAGCUCUCCAGUAAGGUCUCCGGUGAGCGAUCGCAGGUGGCGGAGCGACUCCUCCUCGAGCCAGGCAGCCUCAUGCGCUCCCGCCAGCUCUCCAGCCAGCAUGCUCGCAACAUCGAGAAGAAAGAGGAUGACUGCUGGGCGGGGUUCAAUGAGACGUUAAAGAGGUUGGACGAGCUUCAAAAAAAGAAGAAACCAAGUGUUUUUCAGCAGCGCAUGAUAUCCAUCGACCGUGCGUUGAAGAGUUUAGUCUAUGAAUCUUUCAAGCUGACAGUUGUGUAUGUGGCUGCUGCUGCUGCUUUCUCUGGCAAUGGACUAGAAGCCUAGCCCAGGCCGUUACCAAGGAAAACGUGUGAAGACAAAGUGGAAAAAUGAGAACCAAAGAUGGCCGCCCAGCUUAUUUUAUGUUUAAUUAUGACCCCUGCAGUUUGUCUAGCUAGCACUAUGCUAUCGUACGUUGCGAUAUUGUGUGACAUGGUAUGUUAUUAUAUCUCUACAUAUCUAUCUAUUCGAGUAGAUUAUGCAUGAAACUGUAGCUUGAAGUAAACUGUAGAUUAUGCAUGAGCAGCCGCAUUUCCUACCCAAGCACAAUGAACAAUAGUCGCCCUGUCGAAAGAACUCAAACAACUUGAUGCCAGCAUGAUGACC